AUGCCAUUAUCCACACAAUGGGCAGGGGAAGCGCCUCAGGUUGAUAAUGAGAAGAGGGAAAAUAUCAUGAAACUCCUGAAGGAGAAUGGGGUGCAGUGGGACCCCAAGAAGUGGCCUCCAGUGGCCCUGGAAAUUCACAGUGGGAUGGGGCUAUUGGAGUCCCUUUCCGUUAUUCUCACUGGAUCACUCCUGCAUCUUCCUCUCUUCGAGAAGAUCCCCAUGUAUAACGACGCCAAGGAUGUUCUUCCUCUAAUCCAGCAAGGAGCAAAUAUCCUUAAAAGACCCAUUGUCCUCAUUGGGGAAAAAUUAUCUGGCACCUUCUUCCCGGAAGUUGAUUAUGGGAAUGAGGGCAUGCAAAGUAUGCUACUCUUUGCUGAAGAUGAUGCUCAACACAUCAGCAUACUACCAGUGGUUCCUCAACGCAGAAGUGGAGAAAUAUGGAUAGAAGUGGAGAAGCUCCCCCAGGUGUAUGGAGAGAGGCAACUCCCUUCAAACAAUCUAAGCAAAAGAAUGUUAUUCCGAGGGAAGACAAAAGUGACAUGGCAGUGGCACACAGUUACAAUGUUAUGGUCUAUGGACAGGGAGCUGGCAGGAUUAACAUCACUCAGCCCAGCGCGGAUGGACAAGGACGAACGUGGACCCUUCCUACGCAGAAUCGCGCGGAUGGACGAGGACGAACGUGGACCCUUCCUACGCAGACUCGCGGGGAUGGACGACAAAAAACGUGGAUCCUUCUUACGCAGUAUCGGGAGGAUGGACGAGAACGAACCGGAACAACUCACGAGAAGCAUCGCGCGGAUGGACGUUGACGAACGGAGACGCUUCUUACUCAGUAUCGCGCGGAUGGACGAGGACGAACGUGGACGCUUCCUACGCAGUAUCGCGCGAAUGAACGUUGACGAACGUGGACGCUUCCUACGCAGUAUCGCGCGGAUGGACGAGGACGAACAAGAACAACUGAUGGGAAGCAUUGCGCGAAUGGAAAACGACGAACGGAGGCGCUUCUUACGCAGUAUCGAUGAAUUAAAUUCUGUGGAACGUGGACACUUCCUACGCGUCAUAGCGCGGAUGGACGAGGAGGAACGUGGACGCUUCCUCCACUGUAUAGCGUGGAUGGACGAGUACGAACGGGAACAACUGAAGGGAAACGUUGCGCGGAUGGACGAGGACGAACGUGGACGCUUCCUACGCAGGAUCGCGUGGAUGGACGAGGACGAACGUAGACGCUUCCUACGUAUAAUCAAUGAAUUAAAUCCUGUCGAACGUGGACGCUUCCUGCGCAGUAUCGCGAGGAUGGACGAGGACGAACGGGAACAACUCAUGGGAAGCAUCGCGCGGAUUGACAAGGAUGAACGUCGACGCCUCCUUCGUAUUAUUGGUGAGAGAAGAUUUUUCGCGUUUCUUCGUCUCCGCUCCCAGCAUGAAUUGAAUCCUGCCGAACGUGGACGCUUCCUAUGCAGUAUCGCGAUGAUGGACGAGGACGAACGGGAACAACUCAUAGGAAGCAUUGCGUGGAUGGAUAAGGGCAAACGUGAGAAACUCAUGAAAAGCAUAGCGUGCAUGGACAAGGACGAACUUGAACAACUCAUGGGAAGCAUAGCAUGGAUGGACGAGGGCGAACGGGAAAAACUGAUGAGAAGCAUAGCGCGGAUAGACCAGGACAAACGUGGACGCUUCCUACGCAUUAUCGCGCGGAUGGAAGAGGACGAACGUGGACGCUUCCUACGCAUUAUCGCGUCGAUGGACAAGGACGAACGGGAACAACUCAUGGGAAGCAUCGCGAGAAUGGACGAGGACGACCGUGGGCGCUUCCAACGCAUUAUCGCUCGGAUGCACAAUGACGAACGUGGACCCUUCCUACGUAUUAUCGCGUGGAUGGACAAGGACGAACGGGAACAACUCAUGGGAAGUAUAGCGCGGAUGGACAAGGACGAACGUGGACGCUUACUUUGCAGUAUUGCGUGUAUGGACGAGGACGAACGCGAACAACUCAUGGGAAGCAUCGCGCAGCUCAAGAGGAACGCUCUUGAUGGAUUAAGGAGAUGUGAAGACAAACUCGAGGAGAACGAGCUUUCUGAAUUCAUGGAAUUGAUUGAAGUCAUCUGGAUCUAUGAAGCUGAUGCAAUGGUGAUCAAAUAA